UUUUGACUUGUUAUUAUGGCAACAUCGUGGCUACUGAACGAAGCAGUCCUUAUGGGAAGCUCCUAUGGGACUAUCCAAUCAAAAAGAAAUAGUAAGAUGACCAAGCUUCGACCUGCCACUUCGCAUAAAAUCGUCAAGAAGAGGACGAAGCGUUUCAUUCGUCAUCAAAGUGAUCGCUGUGGGCGUCUUUCAAGCAAAUGGCGGAAGCCUAAGGGUAUCGACAACCGUGUUCGUAGACGUUUUAAAGGCCAGUAUUUGAUGCCCAACUGCGGUUAUGGCUCGAAUAAGAAGACCCGCCAUAUUCUGCCGAAUGGUUUUCGUAGGGUAACAAUCACCAAUCUUAAGGAGCUUGAGAUGCUCAUGAUGACCAACAAGCGUUACUGUGCCGAGAUCGCUCACAAAGUCUGCGCUAAAAAGCGCAAGGAAAUCGUCGAGCGCGCUCGUCAACUGUCGAUCUUGGUGACGAACCGUCACGCCAAAUUACGCCAGGAGGAGAACGAAUAAACUAGGCAUGCGGUACGAAACUAUACGCCCGCCGAGUAGUAUACUGCUCGGUGGGGUGUGGCAAGAGGCCGACGAUGUAAAAAAAUA